AGGUCCACCUCGGAAGACCGGGAUUUACUGGAGACAUAAGUUUUGUUUUGUUUUGUUUGCGGCAUGAGAGUUCUGAGCUUGUCUUCACUGCAAUGAGAGGGAAAAUUCAAACAGGGUGAUCGAUGCCGCGCACCGCCUCCUCGCAGCUGGACAGUCGGCGGUCGAUGUAGGUGGGCCCCACAAAACUUUGUAACCUCGAUCUGUCUGUCAUUUGUCUGUGCUGUUAUCAGCUUCUAUUGCAUUUUUACCCUGAAGCAGCUGUAGGUUUUCCUACUAACAGUUCAUCGGAGCAGAAAUUUCGGACGUGACUGUACAGUGGACCAUUCUGAAACCCAGUCGCGAACAUGGCCGUAGGAGGUGUGACUUACGACCUCUUCGACUCUUUGGAGGAUUCUUUUUCCUCGGAUCUUGAGAGUCUACCCCAAGAAUUGUUGCUGGGACUUAUCAACCAGCCCAGACAACGGAAUGGCAUUGCAGGAACCCCCCUACAAGACGAUCUGGAGGAGGACAUCGAGCUGGAAGUGGGGGCGGGACUGGACGAGGGAGGCGAGUGUCCUGUUGUUGAUGGACGGGAGCGCGCCGAGUUCGUGCCGUUUUUGGAGGACUCGGAUCAUGAACUUGCAGAGGACGUGGCCUUCCUGAGAAGACGUCUGGCUGUGAUACACAGAGACGUCCUGGACCACCCAGUCUUGAAGGAUAUGAUGAAGGAGAAUGGACCAUCUACCUCAGAUGAUGUUGAGCUGUUACGAGAGCAGCUGAAGUCCCUGGGUUCGGAGCUUGCAUCCAUCCGCUCAGCCCUCAGCAUCAAAGGGGAGGACGACACCAAAAGUCGCACCUCCAGAAUGUCCAGUCGGAGAGGUUCCCGGAGAGCAUCUGUGACCAGCCAGUCCAGCCCAGGCCGGUUCUCCCACAUGACGGACCUGAUCCACCUGGCCGGCCCCCUGACAGAGGACGCCAUCCUCCGCACUCUGCAGUCCAGAUUCUACAGCGGGGAGUAUUAUACCAACAUAGGACCGAUCACUGUGCUGGCCAACCCCUACAACUGUAGUUUUCCCGAUGUUGCACUACAUGCCGACCCAAGAAGACACCAACCCCUACACAGGGUGGCUAAGGACACUGUCAAACAUCAGCUGGAGACUGGUCACUCACAGGUUGUCAUCUUCAGUGGUGAGAAUGGCAGUGGGAAGACUUACUCCUCUCAGCUACUGCUGAGACAGCUGUUUGAUGUGGCAGGAGGAGGGCCUGAGACAGAUGCCUUCAAGCACCUGUCUGCAGCCUUCACUGUUUUACGCUCCAUAGGAAGUGCCAAAACUGCCACCAAUAGUGAGUCCAGUAGAAUGGGUCAUUUCAUUGAAGUGCAUGUAGUAGAUGGAGCCAUCUACAGGACCAAGAUCCACUGCUACUUCAUUGAUCAGUCUAGAGUUGUUCACCCUGCCAGACAUGAGAAGAACUUUCAUAUCUUCUAUCAGAUGUUAGCUGGUCUAACACCUGAGGAGAGAGUAAAACUCCACCUGCAGGGCUACUCUGCCUACAACCUGAAGUACCUGAGCUGCGGGCAGCUCCUGUGUGAUGACAUGGAGGAUAGAUACAGAUUCGAGGCCUGGAGGAGCUCCCUGUCAGUGUUGGGUAUUCCCUUUGCUGAUGUGAUGAGGGUGCUGGCAGCAGUGCUUCUCCUGGGAAACAUUGAAUUUGUUGAGGGGGAUGGACUGGAACUGGAUGUGCAGGGCAAUAAUGAAAUCAAGUCCGUUGCUGCCCUGUUGGGAGUGUCAGGUGUGUCCCUCUACAGAGGCCUGACCACCAGGACACACAAUGUCAGGGGACAGGUCUUCAAAUCACUGGCUGAUGCUGCAACAGCAAACCAAAUCCGGGAUGCGCUAGCCAAAGCCUUGUACUCACGAACCCUGAAUGCCAUCGUGCGCCGUGCCAACAGUGUGAGGAGACCUGCCUCCAACUCAGGAACCAACAGCAGUGACAGCAGUGAGUCCGUACAGAAUGGUCACAGUGGCAUGACCAAUGGUCAUCACAGCUACCGACCUCUGACCCCUGCAACCUCCAAAACGUCCCUUCACCAGUCAGCCAGGUCAGAGAGUUCCCAGCAUGCCAUGAGUGAAGGUGUCAUCGGGAUUGUGGACAUGUUUGGCUUUGAGGCAUCAGAGUGUAACCAGUUUGAGCAGCUGUGUAUGAACCUGUGUGCAGAAACCCUGCAGCAUUUCUACAGCACACAUGUCUUCAGGACCACUCAACAGAGUGCCAGAGAUGAAGGUAUUUACUGUGAUGUGGAGAUAGACUGCCAGGAUAACGCCCCCUGUAUCGAGCUCAUCACCUGUCAGAGAACGGGGCUGCUCAGUCUGCUGGACAAGGAGGGGGCACACACUCAAAGUGCAUCAUGGGAAGGCUAUCUCCAGAGGGUGGUUGAGCAACACAGCAGUCAUGAAUGCUUCUCCCAGCCCGAGUGUGAAGGUCCGGACACCUCCAGCUUCACCAUCAGACACUACACUGGUCCUGUCACGUACGACGCCUCCUCUCUCCUCCACACCAACAACGAUGCUGUCCCUGAUGACAUCAUCUGUAUCUUUUCGAGAAACAACUGUAACUUUGGCUUCGUCACCCACCUCUACUCCAACGAGCUGAAAGUGCAAGGUGGGAAUGGGCCUCAGGGCAUGGCACAUCGCAUUUCACCACCGAUAUCAUCCGACUCUAAUGGCCAAAGGGAGGGCAGGAGAACCCUGUCUAGAGACUUCCAGACCAGACUGGAUAAUCUGCUGAAGACCAUUGUCAUGGCCAAGCCUCACUUUGUCAGGUGUAUCAGGUCCAACAGUCAGGAGGAGCCUGAGCUGUUCACCAGGGACGUUGUGUGCAGACAGAUCCGGGCCCUGCACAUCCUGGAGACAGUCAACCUGUACGCAGGAGGUGAGGACACCAAUGAUGAUUCACAAUGUUUCCUAGAUAGACAAAACAGCUAUUUAAUGUGUCGCUGGCUGGCUUUUCUCAAGCGACAAUGCCGAUUCCUGGUGCCCUGGAGGAGACGAGCAAGAUGGAGGACAUGCCGCAAGGACGAGUGCAAGCUGAUUCUGGAUGGGUUCCUCCAGGCUGUAGACAGCAGUGACCUGCCCUACACAAGUGCUAACUGGGCCAUUGGCAAGAAACACAUUUUCCUCAGUGAGGGAGCGAGACAGCAGCUGGAGAAUGUGCGAGACAUCAGGCGGGACCAGGCCGCCACGCUCAUCCAGGCCUACGUCAGACGGAGGCUGUGUGUGAAGAAAUGGCCGUCCAUACGGAGGUCCCUGGAGCUGAGGAAAAGGGCGCGGUCCAGGUCCAGGUCACGCAGCAGGUCAAGGUCACCUCACAGUGCCAGGAAUCGACCCCAGCCCAUCCCAGUGAUGGAGAACAACCACGACCGCUGUGACACCAAAACUAUCCAGCAAACCUGCUGUCUGUACGGCAUGGACAUGGAUUGCCCUCCCCCCGUCCCACCCAGCCGUGGCUACACCGUCAACGGCAACAUGAAGAUGAGCUUCCCACAGAUGAGGGUGAUGAAGCAAGGCUACCCUGAAGAUGCUGGGAAGACUGAUCGGGUGUUGCGUAAAGGUGACUCCGUGAAGGUUGUGGGAGUGUCCCCGAGGCGGGGUUACCUGAUCGUUGAGCAUUCCAACACAAAACUGCACGUACCAUACCAGCUGAUGGAGAUACGAACCACCAACGGCCUGGCAAAGGCCUGCUGACACACAGAUGGCCUGCAAGGAACCUUUGUAUAGCAGCUACCUAUUGGGUAGUUAUAGAAUAGUGGUAGCAACUACAUGUAGCAACUGUGGAAAUGCUGUAUCAUUAUGCACAGGUCAUUUACUGUGAUUUAGUAUGUUCAGUUUCUCAAUUUAGAUCUUAGGAUGAAAGUUGAUAUUCCCAUUUCCUUGCAGACCGUAUGUUAUCCAUCAUUUGUUGCAUUAUUUAGAAGAUAUCAGUAAGCCUGUCAAUGUUAUUUCAUGUGCAGAGAAACAGUUAUUGGUCAGUAUAAUAUUGUUGUUGACUUUAUUGAUCACUUCCUCAAUAAUUUGUGAUUAUGUGUCAGCUUAAAAAGCCACAGUUUAAAGAGAUUCCGCUACAAUCAAGCCUUAUAGAUUAGUUCCUUUAUCAUCUUUAGCCAUACAACAGUUACAGGCCACUAGAAGGUCUCCUACGACUGUGUGAAAUGGACAUUCUAGAUUCUGGAGGGAGAUAAUAACUAGGAAUGAUUACAAACUAUAUGUUGACUGGUUGAAGGAGUUUAUCACUCUGUCAUCAGUCCUAUCAGUAUCAACAAUUUGUUUAAAGGAGAGCUACCAUCAGGCAUGAGGAAAUCAGAGGAAUCACGUGUCACCAUUUGUGGCACCAGUAUUACUUGACUUGCAAUUACAGGUAUUUCAACAAAGGCAAAAACUAAGUGUAAAGAGAUGUACAGACAUGUUAAGCCAUGAGUAACUUAUAUAAUGUACAUAUAUGUUGACUACUACAAAGUAGUAUUAGAUUUCAGUCUUCGUCCACUAUAGGAAACUAGAUUUUAACUAACUUUGACUCAUUUUAAUGUACAUACAUCGUAUAGAUUUUUGUAUAAAACUAUUGUACAUAUGAUACUUGUGUAAAAUGCCUAACAGUACAAACAGUAGUCAUAGAAACUCAGCAACAUGUUCACUCAGUCCCUGUUAUUUAUUUUCAUACUCAUCCUUAGCACUCCAUAGGAUGUGCUGCCUUACUGUAACACAAUAAAGUUCUAUUCU